ACAUGGCCAAUUACAAACUCUAUUAUUUUAAUGUAACUGGUUUAGCCGAACCGAUUCGAUAUAUAUUACAUUAUUGUGGUAUUAAAUUUGACGAUAUACGUUUUAAUGAUUUUGAAGAGUGGAAAGUUAAAUAUAAGAAAGAAAUGCCGAUGGAGCAAGUACCGGUUUUAGAAAUUGAUGGUGUAAGAUAUCAUCAACAUAAAUCUAUUUGUAGAUAUAUUGGAAGAAAAUUCAAACUUUGUGGCUCUAAUGAAGAAGAAUCGCUUAAAAUUGAUGCUUUGGUCGAUGACAUUGACGAUAUACGCAUUGAUUUCGUGGGCAGACAUUUAUUACGCUGGCAUAUGUGAAAUUAUUUCAAAUAUUUUGGAAUACGAUUUUAAUGAGAAGCAUCCCAAAUUAAAAAACCUUAUUCGCAAUAUCCAAAAUAACAAAAACAUCAAAGCUUACAUUAAAGAACGACCUAUAACCAAAUUAUAAAUAAUACAAAAUAAAUAUUAAUGAACAGCCGACU